AAAGCACAAACCGGAAGCAGGAAAUGACGUCAACUUCAACGUGCGAAAUUCAAACUUGUGGAACAAAACAUUCCCACCGAGGCUGGGCGUCCACUGACAAUUCUCGGUCUGUUUUUCACUAAAACACAGCGUCGUUUGUUUUUAAAGCGACACACACAGGGGAGAUGCCUGUGGAAAGGACGGAGCCCCGUGGAACGGCAGAGCUUGACAAAUAUUAUGAGGUGUAUGAAACCAUCGGCUCAGGUGGCUUUGCCAAAGUCAAACUGGGCCGGCAUAUUCUAACGGGGGAGAAGGUUGCUAUUAAAAUAAUGAACAAAAAAGAUCUUGGGGAUGACUUGCCUCGUGUAAAGUUGGAGAUUGAGGCAAUGAAGAACCUGAGUCAUCAGCAUAUCUGUCGACUUUAUCACGUCAUCGAAACCUCCUUGCAGAUAUUCAUGGUCCUUGAGUACUGCCCCGGUGGAGAGCUCUUUGAUUAUAUCAUUGCAAAGGAUCGACUGUCAGAGGAAGAGACCAGGGUCUUCUUCAGACAAAUUGUUUCCGCCCUGGCCUAUGUCCACAGCCAAGGAUACGCUCACAGAGACCUAAAACCGGAAAACCUUUUAAUCGACGAAGACCAAAACUUGAAGUUAAUAGACUUUGGCUUGUGUGCCAAACCCAAGGGAGGAUUGAGUUACGAGCUGAUGACAUGUUGUGGCAGUCCUGCUUAUGCUGCUCCUGAGCUCAUUCAGGGAAAGGCAUAUAUAGGAUCAGAGGCCGAUGUGUGGAGUAUGGGAGUUCUGCUGUUCGCUCUGCUUUGUGGAUAUUUACCCUUUGAUGAUGACAACUGCAUGGUUCUUUAUCGAAAGAUCACAAGAGGUAAAUAUGAGAAUCCACCCUGGCUAUCUCCAGGUAGCAUCCUCCUCCUAAACCAAAUGAUGCAGGUGGACCCCAAGCGGCGCCUCACUGUCAAACAGCUGUUGAACCAUCCCUGGGUGAUGAAGGACUAUAAUAGUCCUGUCGAGUGGUUCAGCAAGCAGCCGCUUGGCCACAUUGAUGAAGACUGCAUUACUGAGAUGGCGGUCUACAUGAAGAAGUCGAGAGAGAGCACUACAGCGCUGGUGAAGGAGUGGAAGUAUGACCAGACCACAGCCACAUAUUUGCUGCUGCUGUCAAAGAAGCGGGGAGGAAAGCCUGUCCGUCUGCGCCGUGAGCCAGCUGCCUGUGAGGACUCUCCUCUGCACAGAGAACUGCAGAUUGGAGAGGGCCUUCACUUCGUUGAGGAUGACGAGACGGUGAUUAUUGGUUCUUUGGACUUCUGUUCGGACUACAUUGAUGACUGUCCAUGGGUCUCAGUCCCACAGUACAGACCCCAUGGGGUCAGAGGUCAAGCAGACAGAAACACCACCAGAGACAAGAGAUUAGUGUCACCAACAGUGGAAAAAAGAUAUGUUCGCAGCCCGAUGGAGGAGAGGGGGAGGCGGCGGCAAAGAGAUCAAGAGCAAAAAAGUGAGAACAAGGAGAAUCUUGCUGAGGACAAAGGAGCGGAAAUGUUUGCGCUGCCUCCCCCUCGCACCCCUGUGCCCAGUAAGAGGAACCCACGCUCCAUCAAGAAUGUGUUAACAACACCCAACCAGAACGUCAAUGCCAACAAAUCCAAUGCAGGCACGCCGAAAGGUGGUGACAGUGCAUCUAAGGAACACAAUAAGAAGACAAUAGAAAACAAUGAACCAACAAAAAUUGAAAUUUUAGCUUUUAGUCCAGAGCGAAGGUCUAGGUCGCUGGACAUGGCUGUCACAGGGGACAGUGGCAAGAAGAAGCGAGCCGGGAAGAUGUUUGGUUCUUUGGAGAGAGGUCUGGAUAAGGUGAUCACAAUGCUAACCCCGAGUAAGAGAAAGGCCCUCCGGGACGGUCCACGGAAGAUUAAGGCCCAGUAUAAUGUGACUCUGACCAGCCAAACUAAUCCAGACCAGGUCCUGAACCAGAUUCUCUCCAUCCUGCCAGAGAAAAAUGUUGACUUCACACAGAAAGGCUACACCCUGAAGUGUCAGACCUGGGGUGACUUUGGAAAGGUGACCAUGGCGUUCGAGUUGGAGGUGUGCCUGCUGCAGAGGCCGGAAGUCGUUGGCGUGCGUCGCCAACGACUGAAAGGAGAUGCUUGGGUCUACAAGCAUUUAGUUGAGGAUAUCCUCUCCACAUCCCGUAUUUAAGGGAUGCAUGUCUCUGACUGCAUCACUGUCUGUGGACACUGGUCUGUUUGUCAGAAAUAUGGCCUCCCUGUGAGUCUGUUCAGACUAAACAGACGUUUGCCAAGACUAUGGAAGCAUUUCUUAAAGUUUAUAGACGUUUUACAAUACACUUUGUGGGUUAGGGAAUUUAAUGGUAAAAGUAAAAUGCCUUUUUUUUUUCAUUUCCUUUUCUUACUAUUAUGCAAACAUCUGCUGUCAACUGUGUUGGAGUGUAUGAAAUAGAGCAGCACGAUUUCAGCUGAACCGCUUGGCUGCUGUUUGUUUUAUGUCUUGAUAAAAUUUUCCCCUUAAGGUGCAACACCUGCCUGAUGAACAAAAACACAGAAUACUGCUGAUUUUCUGUCUUUCUUUGUCUUUUAUUUUAUGUGUUUACAGCUCUGUUGUAUUCUAUAAUGAUGUUUGACACGGUUAUGUGAAGUAUUUUUUUUGUUGACAUGUUUCUAUUUUUUCUUUGUCUGUCUGUGAGUUUUUAACUAAUUUUGUAAAUUAACAUAAUAAAAGAUAUCCGCUUUUAUUGAGA